AUGGCAACAGACAUUUUAAAGGAGCAAUACAACAGCCUGCAGGAGGAGAAUGAUCAAUAUAAGAAGUUCACCAGCGAGCAGAAGGAUAAUUUGGUUUCACUGGAAAGAGAUGUAACUGCUUCAAAGAGCAGGACUCAGGAGAAGUUAACAGUCCCAGGUGGCAGGAAACAGGAAGAGAAACACAGGAAACACAGGAAACGCAUCCGCGUCUUAGAAAACAAACUAUACCAGGACACUAUUAAGUUUGACAAUUUGCUGUGCAGCAACAAGGAUUGCCGCAAAGACAUUGCUCACCUGGUGCAGCUGAAGGGCUCAUUGUGCAAUAGUGAAGAGAAAUCCAACAGACAUUUGGCUAAACAGCAAAACAGCACUGACAAACUGGAAAAGGGUCGCACCCUCGUUUUCCACCAGAGUUCAGAGGCCGAGACCCGAAUGCAGAAGUUGAGGGAGUGCACCCAGGUGGAGACAGCUCAGUUCACCAAGAGAAGGAUGCAACUGAAGAUGAACAUCCACCAUGACGUCAAACUGAACACUUUCAUGGAGACGAAGUUAAAGGAAAUUAUUCCCUUGGAAGAAGAUGAAGACUCCAAGAGAGCAAGAAAGAAACAGCAGCAAUAUCAGACUGGAGUUAAGAAGCUGGAGAUGCACAUGCAGUGCCACAGGACCAUAGUGGAGGUCACCGGAGAAAGAGACCUGCAUCAGAUUGGGCCCAGGUUCACUCAGAAUGAACACAAGAAUUGUACUUAUAUCAGCAACAUCAACGAGCUGCACUGCAAAAGGAACGUGUUGAAGCACGGCACAGACACAAUGAAGAGUAAUAUCCUGUUCCUGGAGCAAGAGAACAAAGGACAUGAUGAGCAGAUUAACAGCAAGCGUGAGGAUCUAGAGUCUGAGUCUGAGAAGUAUAGCUGUCUGUCAGACUCCCCGGACAAGCGGUGCGCUGAGGUUCAGAGGACUCUGGAUGAGCUGACAGCCGCCAUUAGUGGCCUGUUAGAUGAGAUAAUGCCAGAAGCUGUCAUCGUCAAUCUUGACAACGUCGCACAAUUUACCGGUAUCCUUGAGGAGAGCAUCAAUAACCUGCUGAUCCAGGCCAACAGCGUGGAGUUGGAUCCUCAGAGCAUACUGUUAACCAACUCUGACCUGCUACCAGUACUGCCUCUUACACACUUCUGA